AAACUUAUUCCCUUACUUUUCUUUUUUUCUUUUUAAAGAACACACUCAACUUAAAACACAUUAAUGGAGAUUCACGACUUCACUUGGAUUUUUGCCGUCGGUAUGGUCGUUGCCUUCAUGGACGCCUAUGGUAUCGGUGCCAAUGAUGUUGCAAACUCUUUUGCUACCUCUGUGUCUUCCGGUUCAUUGACAUUAGGUCAAGCAUGUAUUAUUGCUUGUUUCACUGAACUUUUGGGUGCAAUCUUACUCGGUGCAAAUACAGCAGAAACUAUCAAGGGUGGAAUUCUUUCUAUCGAUCAUUAUGUUGCUCAACCCGAAAUGCUUAUGUUGGCCAUGCUGUGCGCUUUAGUCGGCUCAGCUACUUGGGUAUUGACUGCCUGUAAAUUCGGUUGGCCCGUGAGUUCUACCCAUUCCAUUGUUGGUGCUAUUAUUGGUACCGGUAUUGCUGCCUUUGGUGCUGAUUCUAUCACCUGGGGUUGGGAUGGUGUUGCUCAAAUCAUCGCUUCCUGGCUUAUCUCUCCCAUUGCCGCUGGUAUUGUUGCCGCUAUUAUCUAUAGUAUUACCAAAUAUGCCAUCUUGCGUCAAGUCGAAAGUUUCAAAUGGGGUAUUCGCUUAGUUCCUGUUUACUUCUUCUUUACAGCUUUCAUCGAAGCCUUCUACAUCUUCCUUGAAGCACCUGGUCUUGGUGAGGAUAAUCUUGGUGGUAUGGGUGGUGUCGUUGGUAUUGCUGCUGGUAUCGCUGUCUUCUUUGCCGCAUUCGGUCAAUUCUUUUUCUGUCCUUGGGUCGUCCGUCGUGUCAAAGGAAGAGAAUCUAUUAAAUGGUUCCAUAUGUUUGUUAUCCCUUGGGUUGCUAAACGUCCCACCAUUGAUGAAGUCGAUGUUGAGGAACAUGCUGAUGCCCGCCCCGCUUCCGUACGCUCUCAAUCUGGUGAAAUUGCCGAAGUCAUUACUCCUGCCAAUGAAAAGAAGCUUAAUGAGGUUAUGCUGCAAGAAAACGUUGCUGAACCUGCUCAUGUCAAGAAGAAUGGAUGGCUCACCUCUAUGAAGGACAAGGUUGUGGAUGCUGCUUUAAGUGGCGUACGUCAAGAUGUUCGUAAUCUUGAGAAUAACGACCUUGCCAAGGUGCAUGCUAGUGCAGAAAUCUUUGAAGAUGAUGCUGAAUACCUCUUUUCUUUCCUCCAAAUUAUUACUGCUUGUAUGGCCUCUUUUGCUCAUGGUAGUAAUGAUGUGUCUAAUGCUAUUGGCCCUAUCUCUUCUAUUUAUGAAAUCUGGUCUACUGCAGCCAUUGAUGUUAGCGGUACAGUUGGUAUUCCUGUCUGGAUUCUCGUUUAUGGUGGUGUUGCUAUUGAUGUUGGUUUAAUGACCAUGGGCUAUCGUGUCAUGCGCUCCAUGGGUAACAACAUUACUUUCUUUACACCUUCUCGUGGUUUCUGUGCUGAAUUGUCUGCUGCUCUUACCGUCCUUACUUGUUCCAAGAUUGGUUUGCCUGUCUCCACUACCCUUUGUAUCACUGGUGCUUCUGCUGCUAUUGGUCUCUGUAAUACCAAUGGUUAUAAGGCUGUUAACUGGAAGAUGUUGGGUUGGUGCGGUAUCAGUUGGGUUAUUACGCUUCCCUGUGCUGGUCUUGUUGCUGGUUUAUUGUUUGCCUUGUGCUCAAACGCCCCCAAAUUUGUUAUUUAAAAUGUAAACCCUUUCAUAUAUAUCACUUUGCGUCCAUUUUCCCUUUUAUCAUAUAUCAUAAUCUGUACAUAGUCUUUUACAAAAAUAAAAAAAUAAACAUAUC